AAUGGUUGUGUCUGAACUGCCAGACCCAGAGGGCUCUCUCUGGACAACUGGGAGACAUGGGAAAGAUGGCCCAGUCCCAACCCAUCAAGACCCAGGCCCAGCCCACACCACUCCCUGUAGUCACAACCACCAAGACAGAGCCCCAGCCUCCAGCAGCAGUAAGCAGCAAGGCCCAGCCUUUCUCUAAAACACAGCCCCCAUCCCAGGCUGUGCCUCUCACCUCAGUGCCCACUCCGCCUACACCAAUACCUGGCUUUGCACAAAUAGAACCAAAGAUGGAAGUCCCCAAGGCUGAAGCUCCCAUGACUGUCGCCAAGGCUGAGGCUCCUGAGACGGAAGUCCGUAAGGCGGAGACAGAGGCACCAAAAAUGGAGCCUUCUGUGGCAGAGUUUCCUAAGGCUUUGCUGCCUAAACCUGUACCACCUAAAUCUGAACCACCUAAAAAUGAUGCUCCAGCAGUAGCUGCUUCAGUUGCCUCUGUCCUAGUGACUGAGGCCAUGAGUCCUCCUGCUCCUCUAUCCACCACAGUGGCUACUGCUGUUGCUGUCACUCCAGCCACUGUGGAGGAGAAGCCAGAGGCUGAGGCUCAACCAACAGAGCUACCUAAACUAGCAGAGGAGAAGGUUGAGAAGCAACCGAAACAACAGGAACCACUUUAUGUUGCUCCACAACCAGUCCAAACUGAUACUAUCAAGGAAGUGGCCUCUCCAUUGGUUGAAAAGGUGGAUGAUGUCCUUCCUGAACCUCAGCAGAUACUCACUGAGAAGGAGACGGUGAAGGUGAAGGAGAAAGAGCCAACUGCAGCCUCCCUCCUAGCAGACCAGGUAGUAGCUGAGGUACCAUCCAGCCCAGCCAGUUCAUUUGAGGCUGACAUCAAGCCUGAGGACUAUAGUGACAAGUCCCAGGAUGGACCAGACAUAUUUCCCAUCUCACAGGGCUCCUACACCUCCGAGGGGGAGCUGGAUGAGUUGCAGACAGUCAGAGAUGUCCCUAUCAUGGACACAACCCCUGACACAGCCAUGCCUGCCAAGGAGGAGGGGAAUGGGGCAAAGAGGCUUCUGAGUUAUGUGCCGAUGGAGGAGAGCAGUGGGAGCGAACCCUCUCCCUCGCCCAAGCUCCAGAGACGGAGGUUAAGUGCGAUAGCAGUCAGCACGGCAGCCUCAUCCAGCAGCGAGGACUACAAAAAUGACAGCCCUACAGACAGCCCUCCAGACAGCCCAGACUCAUUCGUGAAUGAGGAGGAGUUAAUACGCAGGCAGAUCAUGGGGAUGAUGGGAGAGGAGAUGUCUCUCUCAGAGGAGGAGGAAAAAGAAGAGAAAGAGGUCAGAGUGGAGGAGACAAUGGAUGCUGUGGUGGAUAGCACAUCAUGUAAAUCCAAGCCUCUGUUAAAAAAAGGCAGUAUAGAUGAUGAAGACAGCCCAGCCAGGAUACAUUCUCUCCCAGGGUCUGAGCCUAAAUCUAUUGUAGAGAGUGCUGAACUCCAUGAGCAAAUCACUGUGUAUAAGAAAGCCAUGCCCAUGACGCCACAGAGAACAAAGAGCAUGGACGAUGGGGAUUCAGAGGUGGAGAGCAUCACAGAUUCUCUGGAGGACAGGUCCAAAGGUGAGGGGUCAUCCAGCGUCCAAGUGUCCAGCUUCACCCCUGGAACCUCCCCCACCUCAGCCUCUUCUCUGGAGGAGGACAGCGACAGCAGCCCCAGCCACAAGAGGAGUGGGGAGGGGAAACAGCCCCGCAAGGCCAAGCACAGGCAUACCGGCCAGCCAUUCCCCACCAUCGAGGACUCGUCAGAGGAGGAGGAGCUCAGGGAGGAGGAGGAUCAUCCCAGGGAGCAGGAGAAACCGAAGGAUUCGGACCAGCAGCAGGGGAAGAGGAUCUCCAAGAAGUCCAAAAGGGAUAAAGAUGAUCUCCGAGCUCAGAGGAGAAGGAAUCUCCCUCUAACCUCACCCUGUAACCUGUCUUCCAUUGAAGACGCUUCUCCCACUGAGGAGGCAAGGCAGGCUAGGGAGAUGGAAGCGCUUCACAGGACAUCAGUCUCUGACUAUUUUCCUAGCAUGGAGUCUGAUUCAGACGCCUUUCACACAGAGACCAGGAUAGUUGUCCCUGAAGGACAGAAGUUCAGUACUGCAAAGCCACUAAAGAGUGCAGAGGAUGAAUAUGAGGAGAUGCUUCAGAUAGCUAGAUCUCCUAAAGGAGAGACAGAGCCAUUCCCUGAGAUAGAGCUACUUUACGAAGGCAUGGCCAUAGAGGACUACCUCUACGAAUCCCUAGUGGAGGAGCCUGAAGCUAAACGUACUUCAGCCCCACCGGAGCAGCCCAGUAAAGACCCCGCUAAAGAGCCAGGGAAGAAAGGUUUGAGGUCUCCUGAAGAGGUGUAUGAGGAGAUGAUGCUGAAGAAGAAGGAACUGAUGUUGAUAGAGCAGGAGUUUCAGAAGGUUCAGUCAGCUAUCAACACUCCUAAUCCUGAGAUACAUGUUACUGCACCAUCCUCUGCUGCAGCUGAGAGCUGCAAAGUUGGUGAGGCCGAGGGAGAGAAGCCUAUGUUAGAUGCUGGUUCUACCUACGUUAAGAGGAAGAAACGUCCUGCUCCACCACGACCCUCUGAACCUCCUAAACGGCCCGAGGUCUACGUUGCCAAGCCAACAGUUCCUCAGGAUAUGACUAUGAGGAGGGCUCUUUUCCCCAUACCGGACUUGAAGAUCACCCAGUGUUCCUCUGGAGAGGAUGAGACAGACGAUAGUAUAGUAGAGGAGUAUGGAGUGGGAGUGUCCUCUGAUAUUACCCCUAGUUAUGAGUCUGAGACUAAAAAAGAGCUAGAGUACACUUCAGUUUCAGAGCAUGCACCAACAACAGAGGUAGCUGACAUUGAACCCAUCACUGUGGUGUGUGAGGUUUCCCCAGCUAAAGCUACUCCAGCUCCUGUCUUUGCCCCUGAGACAGUUCUAGCCCCCAGUACGACCACCACACCUUCACAGGUCUCUCCUGUAUCACCUCCCACCUCACCAUCAACUCCAGACUCAAGUCUAGCCUCCAACGCUACGUCCUCCUCCUCUUUCCAAGCUCGAAGUCCUCUCUCUUCCGACUCUACUGCAGUGUCUACUCCGACACCAGACUUGGCCAAAGCAGCAGGUCCCUUUGCUGCUCAGUCGCCUAUUGAUAUCUCCCCUCCUUCUAUCGCUCCCAUUAUGGCUGUUUCUCCAACCACAGUUUUGGUCACAAUACAAGAUCUGGUUACAGAUCCAAUCCAAGCACCAACACCAGCUACAACUACAGCCGAUGCUGCAGCUUCUCCAGCCCAAGUCCCAGCCCCUGCCUCAACCCCUGUCUCAGCACCUGCCUCAGUGGUGGUACAGAUACCUGAUCCAUAUGCAGUCCAAAUACCAGACCUGGUUAGAUCUCCAUCCCAGAUGGCUGCUCAGGUUCUACCUUCUGUGCAGGUCAGAGCACAAACUCCAAUACCAAGCCCAGUACAUUCUCAAGCACAAUCUCCAGUCCCAGCUGCUCCCAGUGCUGUGCCAACUCCAGUCUCUGCUCCAACUCCUGCUCCAGCUCCAGUUGUAGUCCAAAUGCCAGACAUGGUUACCAUCACCUCUCCAGUUUCACCCCAAGCCCCACUACCUGUGUCAGCCCCAGCUCCUGCCCAGGCUACAGUUGUGCAGUCAGUCCCUGUCCAGGCUGCUGGUCCUGCCCCAGUAGUAGGCCCAGCUGCAGGGACACCCCGAAUCCAGAGACAAGCCUCCACCAAAAAAGCCCCACCUCCUCCUCCACCUCGCUCUAUGUCAGUCUCCCUGCCCCAGACCUCAGCAGAGCCUACCUCAAUCAGGGCUGUCCAACAUGUCUCCCCGACCAUGACCACCGCUAUAGCCAUUGGAGCAGUUCUGCCUAGCCAGCCCAUACAGUCUGUGAUGGUGGAUAUACAGCCGCAGGUGGAGCAGGUCAGGCCAAAGGGUGAAGCUGGUCCUCAGGUCAUGAUGACCCCAACCAGACAGGGGCAUGUGGUCAUCAUAGUUCCUAAUGUGGAGAACAUGUCGGUGCUCAGCCAGUCGACCCAAGACCUGGCAUACUCAGUGGCAAUAACUACCACUUCUACUGUUGAUAAAGGCAGUAGUCUGAUGGCAGCAGGGCCUGUGGUUGUGAGUGUUGCUCCUUUCCUUACUGCUCCCUCUGUUCCUGCUGUACCCAGCUCAGACACAUGUAUACCUGUGGCAGAUACACCACCACCUCCCACUCCUCCACCACCUCCUGCCACCUUACCCAAGCCAACGGUUUAUCCCAAAAAGUCUUCUGUUUCCACCCCACCUUCAGUCCCAACCACAGUAUCAGUCUCAACUGCUGUGACAAUGACACAGGGAACUGUAACAACCACAGGCCCCAGUACAGUACACAAGGCAUCUGCACCCCCUCCCAUCCCUCCCAAGCCUGUGUCCAUUCCUGCAGGGCUGGUGUUCAGCCACCGUCCAGGGGAAAGCAUCAAACCACCAGUGGUUCCCACCGCUAGCCACACUCUUCCCAGGACCAGAGAAGUGGUACCAAACGCCAGCAUAGCACAGCCAUUCACAGCCACAACACUGCCCAGGACCAGAGAACCUCCCAAUGCACUGUAUCUGAGUCUGACCACCCCAGUGGAGCCCAAGAUGAGUGCUGCCUCUCCCAGGUCCCCUCUGUCUCCGAGGUAUGCCAAUUGUCUGGAAACGUAUGUGGUGAUAACGCUUCCCUCAGAGCCUGGCACACCCACAGAGGGCAUCACUGUCCAAGCCCCCAUCAGGAGAGGAUCCAUCCCCUUCACUAUGCAGACAUGCCCAAUGUAUAGGACUACACCUUCAGAACAACAGCCACCCAUUACGGCCUUCUCAGCCCAGGCCACUGUCAGGAGAGCGUCAGUUCCCUCAUUGAGGCAGCUGCCACCACCAACAGCAGCAAUAGUACCAGUCGAAGUAGCAGCACCCCUAGAGGGAGUCACUGCAACAGCAAGGCAGCCUUCCAUGCCAUCAGCUAUGCAGCCUGCACACGGUGUGGCUGAGGUGGUGACCAUUUCAGCAGGGUCGGAGAUGCCUAUUCAGGUAUACAGUGUCAGAGCUCCAAUAAAGAAACCGUAUAUACCUCCAACAGCCCAGCCACAACAGAAAGUGUCUGAAGUUAGGACAAUGCCAUCAGAGCCACAGGUUCCUGUAGAAGUGUCUGCAGCUCAAGCUUCUGGUAGAAGGGCAUCAAUACAUGAUGUACCUCAGCAGCCACAAUAUGUGGCUGAAGUAAUGGCUUUACCAGCAGAGCAGGUCAUACCUACAGAUGUAGUUUCAACUGAGGCCAUGCCUGGAAGAGCAUCAAUACCAUCAGAAACGCAACAACCACAAACCAUGGGAGAGUUAUUAGCAAUGCCCUUAGAAGCUAUGCCCCCAACCAUCCAUCAGUCAGCAUCACUGACAGAGGUGGUUUCAACUGAGGCCAUCUCUAGAAGAGCAUCAAUACCAUCAGAAAUGUGGCAACCACAAACCAUGGCUGAGGUAAUGCCAUUGCAGCGGGAGAUACCUACUGAAGCAAUUGCCAGCCAAGUCCAUGUAGAAGCUACACCCUCAACCAUGCAUCAAUCACCAUCACUGAUUGAAGUGGUUUCAACUGAGGCCAUCUCUAGAAGAGUGACAAUACCAUCAACAAUGGAGCAACCACAAACCAUGGCAGAGGUAGCAGCAAUGCCCUUACAGCAGGAGAUGCCUACUGAAGCAAUUGCCAGCCAAGUCCAUGUAGAAGCUACACCCUCAACCAUGCAUCAAUCACCAUCACUGAUUGAAGUGGUUUCAACUGAGGCCAUCUCUAGAAGAGUGACAAUACCAUCAACAAUGGAGCAACCACAAACCAUGGCAGAGGUAGCAGCAAUGCCCUUACAGCAGGAGAUGCCUACUGAAGCUAUUGCCAGCCAAGUCCAUGUAGAAGCUACACCCUCAACCAUGCAUCAGUCACCAUCACUGAUAGAAGUGGUUUCAACUGAGGCCAUCUCUAGAAGAGUGACAAUACCAUCAACAAUGGAGCAACCACAAACCAUGGCAGAGGUAGCAGCAAUGCCCUUACAGCAGGAGAUACCUACUGAAGCUAUUGCCAGCCAAGUCCAUGUAGAAGCUACACCCUCAACCAUGCAUCAGUCACCAUCACUGAUAGAAGUGGUUUCAACUGAGGCCAUCUAUAGCCUUGCAUCAACACCAUCACCAAUGCAGCAGCCAAAACCCAUGGCAGAGGUAGGAGCAAUGCCCUUACAGCAGGAGAUACCAUCAAUACCAUCAGCUGCACCGCAACCACAAGCAGUGGCCGAAGUGAUGACGUUGCCUUCAGAGUAUGAAAUGCCUACGGAAGUUAGAACAACUGAGGCCACUACCACUAGAAGGACAUCCAUAUACUCUGUAGCACAACAACCAUACACAGUUGCUGAAGUAACGGCUUAUCCAUCAGAAUAUGAAACACCCAUCCAGGUGGUUACAACCGAGGCUAUUUCCACUACAAGAAGAGCGUCUAUAACCAUGCAGAAACCCCUUAGUAUGGCCCAGGUUAUCACGAUGCCUGCAGAGCCAGACGUAGAGGCAUAUGCUGCCCAAGUCCCAUACAGGAGAGGAUCCAUCCCAUCAGCAGUGCAACCACCACAGGCAGUACCAGAAGUGCUGAUUUAUUCAUCAGCCCAUGAGACCCCCCUGGAAUUCAUUACAACUGAAGCCUACACCAGGAGAAUGUCAGUUCCAUCUAUCCAGGAGAUUCCCGAGACCGUCCCCGUGGCUCCAGUCACCAUCACCAGGAAAUUCCACCAUGAGUCAAUCGAGAGCCAGGAGAUCCAUGGGCCUGAGAAGGUGGUGAACAGCCUGAGCCACAUGUACUCCUCAUCUAUCUCCACCUCAGCCCAGCACCCGGAGAGCCUGCCCAGCCUGGUCACUCAGGUGGUCACGACCGAGGUUCAGAGAACCACGGUGUCUUUGGUCCAUGAGAGGCUGCCCCAGGUUCCUGCAUCCAAUGGAGUGGCCAUCAUCAUCCAGCCAGACUUGGUUAAAGUCCAGCCCUCUCCCAAACAGAACGGGAAGAUCUACUCCGGUGAUGCCAUUGACCUCCGCACCAUUAAGGUUGGCGUGAAGAUGACCGAUUCAGGGAUGGACUUGACCCCACAGGAAUCAAGUCGCCAGUCCACCUGUAGCGACUCUAGUGGCCGACAUACAGCAGUGCAGCCAGAGAUAGUGAACUUGAGUGCUGAGAUCACCCCUUCCACCACGCUGUCUGUUGUCACUGAUAGCAUCACUAUCGUCACCUGUUCAGACACCAUUGAGUCCUACACCAGCGAGCCAGCAGAAAUACCUUUAGAUCUGCAGGGUUAUGUUGCCUCCAUGCCUCUCCCUCUCACCACAUACAAACCAUUCCAGCCUCUGGCACAGAUAGUGUACAGGCGGGUGGACUCUCCGCCAAUCAUCAAAACAGUUUUAGCCACAGACACAGAGACACCAAUCAACCUGUCUUAUGGAGCCUCCAUGGUAAAUAGCAGACUUCCAGUGACCAUGGCCCCCGCUAUCACCAACGUGGGGGACAUGCUCUCAGAGCCAGCAGGGGCUGUGGAUCUGUCCACCUCUAGACCCCUCAGGGCCAUGGCGGCUCUGUCUGACAAGAGCCCUGGUGUGGUGACCACAGUCAUAGAGGAUGAUGGGACACCCAUAGAUCUGACAGCUGGGAGGAAUGUGUGCUGUGAUGUCAUCUACAAGCUACCCUUCACAGGGAGCUGUAGAACCCAGCCGCCGGUUAUUACCCAACCUGACAACCGCUUCGGCUACAGAGAUGACCACUACCAGUAUGAUCAUGCUGGGGUUUAUGGCAUCAAGGGCCUGAGCGGCAAGGCCAUGUCUGAGACCAACCUGGCUGAUGCAGGACUGUUCCUCUAUGAUGGAAAGACCAGAUAUAACUAUAACGGAGCCUCGGACAGUGCAAUAGACCUGACUGCUGCUAAUAUGUCCACAGGUGAAGCUCUAGACUACACCAGUAAAGCUGCUGGGGCCUACACUGGGAUAUCCACUGCUCCAUAUUCCCAGGUCUCUGCUUAUAGUGUCUUUAGAUCCUCAGACGGAAUGGUAUACUCCUCCAUAGCAGCCCCUGUUCCUUCUACAUACCCCAUCACCACUCAGCCAGGUUCCAUCUUCAGCACCACCCUACCUCCUACCACAACCCUCCAGGAGCAGCCAGCACCAGCUCCACACCCCUAUGGCUUUAUUCCCACCAGCGACACUGGCCAACAGAUCAUCAGCCUGGACACUAGCCUGCCCAAGGACCUGCUGCCCAGCGCUCUGGCUGACAUCAUGACUGGCUUCCCUGACCUGUACUCUGACCAGACACUGGAGGCCAUCGCAGCCUCUCUGGACGCCCUGGCUUCAUCGCCCAUGUUCCCCGGUCUGGAUGACAGCAAGAUCACCCAGUACCAGAUGGAGAGGGAGUUCCUGCAGCUGGAGAAGCUGAAGCAGCUGUGUCUGGCUGAGGAGCUGGAGUGGGAGAGGCAGGAGAUCCAGCGCUACCGUGAACAGGAGCAGAUCAUGGUGCAGAGGGAGCUGGAGGAGCUGCAGGCUCUGAAACAGCAGCUGUUAAUGCAACAGGAAGAGGAGCACCAGGCGCAACUUGUAGCCCAGCAAGAGACCUACAACCAGCAGAGGCAACAGUUAGAGCAGAUCCAACAACUCCAGGUGCAGCUACAGCACCAGCUAGAUGAGCAGUACAGUACUACAGGGUCAGACAACCUGCUAGAGAAGCAGUAUACAGGGGUUGGGGAUAACGGCCAAUACUGGCCUGUUAGGGAUGAGUCCACCACCUCAUCCACUGUCACCCAGCUAGAGGGUGGGCAGUAUGUAACCAGUGAGGGUCAGAGAGAGGGUGGAGGUCAGGACCAGCUGCAGCUCAGUAGGAAACAACCAGCAGGGUCUAACCAGCCUGGUGACCAGGGGUAUGGUACAGGAGUGGUAGGGAAGAGGAUAGUGGACAGUGGGGUCCAGACAGACGAUGAGGACUCAGUAGACAGGAUGUAUGUAGGGAGGAGGAAGAGGAACUACAGGAAGGGUGUAGACAGCAGUGUUCAGACUGAUGAUGAGGAGGACCAGGAGGUUGAGUGGGACAUGCCAGCCAGGUCGCGGCGGCGCUCCCGCUCCAGUAAGCACAGUGGUGAGGGGAAACACGGUGGCUCUAAGGUCUCCAGCAUUGCCAUUCAGACUAUUGCAGAGAUCUCUGUCCAGACCGACCACUCCGGGAGUAUCAAACACCCCAGCAUCCAGAUGGACACUAAGGUGGAUAUCAUCAAACACAUUUCAGCCCCAGAGAACUCUCAGAGAGGUGGCAGUCUCAGCUGUCAGACAGACGCAGACCGGAGGCACCCCUCACCGGCAGACAUCACCCCCAAGUCCCCCAAGGUGCUCUACUCCACUGUGUCCACCCUCUCCUCCAGUAAGGCCAUGGAGGGGGGGCAAAAGAUGCUGACCACUGACGCGACCAGGUUUUCCUCCAGCCCUAUGAUGCUGAAGCCUGGGCAGAAGUCUAUGUCUGACCCAAAAUCUCUCAGCCAUACCACCGAGGACAGGAUAGGCUACCACUAUUCAGACAGCUACUCUGGCCAGAGUUCUUCGUCAGGCACUGGAAAGAAGGUGAAGAGAACCCUUCCCAACCCACCCCCUGAAGAUGACCCUCUGACCGGCCCGUCAGGUUACAGCACCAACUCAGCCCGCCGCAGGCUUGGCCGUCACACCACCAUGGCCCGGGCCAAGAUCCUGCAGGACAUUGACAAGGAGCUGGAUCUAGUGGAGAGAGAGUCAUCCAAGCUCCGCAGGAAACAGGCCGAGCUAGAUGAGGAGGAGAAAGAGAUUGAUGCCAAGCUGAGGUACCUUGAGAUGGGCAUCAACCGUCGUAAGGAUGCCCUGCUGCAGGAGAGGGAGAAAAGAGAGAGGGCCUACCUGCAGGGUGUGGCUGAGGAGAGAGACUACAUGUCAGACAGUGAGGUCAGCAACAUCAGGGAGACCAGAGGUAGCAAUCAUGGCCUGGAGAGACCCAGGACAGCUCCCCAGUCAGAGUUUGACCAGUUCAUCCCCCCUCAGACUGAGGCUGACUCUCAGUACUCCACUCUAACCAGUCCCUACUCCCACUAUGCCCAGUAUGUCCCCCAGACCAAUGCCACCAGCCACUACCCCCAGCAGACCCUGUACCAGCAACAGGCCCUCUACCAGCAGCACCCCUACCAAAGUCAGUCAGUUUACUCCUCUGUACCCAGCCUGUCCUACCCCCAGGCCUCCCACUCCCUCCAGCAGACCCAGUCCUCAGGCUACCAGUCCAAGAACACCACCAACUACGAGGUGAUCCGGAACCAGCCCAUCAUCAUUGUACCCUCCUCCAGCGAGGGUGGGUAUGGGGUGGGAAAGUAUAACAGCCUGGAACUGAGGAUGGGUCUGGAGGAGAGGAGAAUGGCCUCCAGCCCCAUGUCUAAUAUAUCUACUGAAUCCUUCUACGCUGACAUCGACCACCACAAUGCCAGGAACUAUGUUCUGAUAGAGGACAUAGAGCAGCUGACUAAAGGCUCUGCAGGGCUGGGGUCAGGUUUCAGCCUGACUGACAAGGACCUGUCCAAGGCUGACAGGCUGCUCCGGGCCGCUGAAGCCAGGCGCACUGCAGAGGUUGCUGCGUUCCUGGGUAACUCGCGUCUGCACAGCUACGGUAAAGGAGAUGAAGACUCUAUGGAAGAGCCCUAUGAGCUGAAGCUCCUGAAGCAACAGAUAAAGCAGGAAUUUAGACGAGGGACGGAGGGUCUGGAGCACCUCUCAGGCCUGGGCAUGCCUCAGUACCUCCCCACUGACCCCAGCUACAGACACUUCCCUAAGGCUGAGAAGUACAGCAUCAGCCGACUGACCUUGGAGAAACAAGCUGCCAAGCAGCUUCCUGCCGCCGUGCUCUACCAGAAACAGAUCAAGAACCAGAAGAAGGCAACCCUGAUGGACCCCAAGAUAACAAAAUUCUCCCCCAUCCAGGAGAGCAGAGACCUGGAGCCAGACUACAGCAGCUUCCUGGGUUCUGGAGUCUCAUCUGUCACCAACCUGUCCACACGAGCCAGACUGCUUCAGGAUGAGAUCAACUUUGGCCUGAAGAAGAACCUCUCUGAGCAGCAGAAGUACCUGGGCUCCUCUCUGGGAAAUAAUCUGGCUGGCUCUCUGAGCCAGUCCCUUAGCCUGGGGGUACCCACCAUGAGAUCCACCCUACAGGAUGACACCACCUACCCCAGCGGCACGAGCUCUCGCCCUUCCUCACGACCCAAUUCCCGCCCCACUUCUGUCUAUGGCCUGGAUCUUUCCAUCAAACGGGACUUGUCUAGCUCUUCUCUCAGGCUGAGGAGCGAGGGAGAAGCCCUGGAUGCAGCGUUCGGCUCCGGACUGGCCAGGACCAAGCCCACCAGCCUGCCCAUCGGGCGAAUCCCCAUCGUGGCUCAGAACUCAGAAGAGGAGAGCCCUCUGAGCCCGGUGGGAGAGCCAAUGGGCAUGGCCAGAGCCUCAGCUGGUCCUCUACCACCUAUCUCAGCUGACUCCAGAGACCAGUUUGGCUCCAGCCAUUCCCUGCCGGAGGUCCAGCAGCACAUGAGGGAGGAGUCCAGGGCUACACGUGGACAUAGUGGGGUCUACGACAGAGACAUAGCCUUCAUCAUGGAUGAUCUGGGGGGAGCGAUGUCUGACAGCGAAGCCCUAAAUGACUCCAUGCUGACACUGAACAGAGAUGAUCCCAGAAUCUUUCAUGAGAGUAUCAGACACGCCGGAGGCCCCAACUGGAACAUAGAAGCAUACCACCUGAGGAGGGAGGACACUGACUGGUUUGACAAGCCUGCAGAGAGACAACAUCGGGUAAACGGACAAGCUCUGGACAGGAGACAGAUGAAGUUGAUUCCCUAUGUGUAUCCUCACACCCGGAUCAAAGUACAGAGAGACCCCAAGGACAGCAGCGUUUCAGGGAAUGGCCUGGGGAUUCGUGUGGUGGGAGGGAAAGAGAUUCCUGGGAGUCGUGGUGAGAUAGGAGCUUACAUUGCCAAGGUUACGCUCGGGGGAGUGGCUGAACAGACAGGGAAAGUGGUGGAAGGAAUGCAGGUGUUGGAGUGGAACGGGGUUCCUCUGAUGGGGAAGACCUACGAGGAGGUGCAGUGCAUUAUGAGUCAGCCGUGUGCAGAGGCGGAGCUCUGUGUCAGACUUGAUCUGAACAUGCUGUCUGAUGCUGAUCACCCCCAGGCCCUGGAGAACCACGCCCAGCUGAAGCCUGGUGACAGGCAGCGCUCUCCAGGAGUGGAUCCUAAGCAACUGGCUGCAGAGCUGCAGAAGGUGUCCCAACAACAGGCCCCUGGGAUGGGCCUGGGUGUGGGGGGGCCAGUAGGGGUCCUUUCUGCCCUGGACCGCUCAGCUCUGUUACACUCAGGCAAUGCAUCGGCCAGCUCUAGUGCCGUCCCCAGCCCCGGCCAGCCUGCCUCCCCAGCCAUCAACAAGAAACAACGCCACAGCGCCAAGUCGACAGCAGACGUGCAACUGCUGAAGCCUCAGCCUCGUCCUGUAACAGGGGAAAUACAGGCAAGCCUGCUGUCAGUCUCACACCUGCUUUAAGGUUUCAUACUUUCCACAGUCUGAAGUCUGUGAAGUGGAGUGUGACUUUAAUUUCUCUUGAAUCCCCUCACUUGAUUGAUCCACUUAAGUCAAGGGCUAUAUGAUUAGUCAGCCCCAGGACCUAGUGUUGAGGAACACUGAUGUACACACCUGUAGAACCUAGUUAAAUAUACUGUAUGUAUCUAUGACCUCUCUGCCAUCUUCAGCUCCAGAUCCACUACGACAGGAACCUGGGGAAUCUGAUAGUGCAUGUCCUCCAGGCCAGGAACCUUGCUCAGAGAGACCCCAAAGAAUACUCUGACCCCUUUGUCAAGGUCUACCUCCUACCAGGGAGAGGUGCUGAGAACAAGAGGAGGACCAAGUACGUCCAGAGGAGUCUGAACCCAGAGUGGAACCAGACUGUCAUCUACAAGAACAUACACCUGGAACAGCUAAAGAAAAAGACUCUGGAGGUGACAGUGUG